AUGGAGAAUAAUUUUGGCCUUCGUCAAGAGAUUGCUGCCAUGAGACAAUCAUUCUUCAAUGAUGGAAUUUUGAGUGAACAAUUUGUCCAAGUUGAGCAAUUAGGUGAUGAUGAUCCACAUUUUCUGGAGAGGCUUCUCACUGUUUACUUCAGGGAAUCAACCCAGUCUAUAGCUGCUUUAGAAAAUGCACUAGAGCUACCUUCCUGCAAUCUCAGAACACUGGAAAGGCCCUUUCAUAAGUUCAAGGGGGCUAGUGCCAGCAUUGGUGCCGUCAAAGUGACCAGGGAAAUAGAUCUCGCAAUUCAAGCUUGCAGAGACGAUGAUGUGGACGGGGCUAAGGCUGCUGUGGAACGGAUAAAUAAUGAAUAUGUCAUCUUACGUCGUAGACUCGGGGAUUACUUCCAGAUAAUGCGACAAGUUGGGCCAUAUGAGAGAGCUGUUCGUCCAAGAUAAAUUCAAGAAGUUUAACUUACUAUACACAUGGAGGAAAAUAAA